GGGGGGGGGUGGUAGAGGAAGUACAAGAGAUACCGUCAAUCCAACCAAGAGAUAUAAAGAGGGAAAGUGAUACAGAAACGGAAGAAAAGAAAAACAACGGAACAUUUUCUAAUUUUUUUUAAUCCGCCAAAAGCCAGGCAGACACCGCGCAGAGAGCGAGGGGGAGGAGAGUGUUUUUUUAUGAAUGAAAUGGUGACUCAGGCCGAUGUGUCAUACACCCCGACGUCUUUAUAAAGGGAGUUUAAACAAGCCUAAACAUUUCACUGCGCGAAAAAAUAAGGCUAACACACACUCGCAUCCUUCUCUCUCUAUGCACUUAUCUGUCUCUCCCUGUGUCAAUCUGUCCAUCUGUAUCUGUCUGUAUGUCUAUUUCAAACUAUCGGCCAGUUAAACGUUAACAGAACUAGGCUAUCCUAUAACUUUAACUCGGGGAAACAACGUUUUGACUUAUUUAUCUUUUUCUUGAUCGGUCUAAUUUGGGUUCAUUCAUUCAAUCAGCGGAUUUCUUCAUUCAUUCACUACUCUGCCCCUCUUCUUUCUUCAACGUAUUACCUCCCUCAAUUAUUACGCGGAGUGAGCGAAAGAGAGAAGAAACUUGGAGCACGUGACCGUUUCCGGAGUUCUAUUUAUUUAUUUAUUUUCCUAUUUAUUUGUUAAUUUAUUUAUUUAAUUGUAUUUAUUUCCUUAUAUCAAAUCUAUUUGUACCCUGGACCUGAACAAAUAUGAAAUUGCUGGUUGAUACCUCCUUCUCGCUCCUGUUCUCGCUGCUGUUGGCACAGCUACCCGUGCUUACAUCGGCAGCCCCUCACAAUCAUCGGCGGCUCCCUGACCUUGAAAAGCUGACCAAUCAGACGAGAAAUUUGCUCAGACUGACCCAAGACCUUCUGAAAGACCAUGUGAUUACCACAGAUAUUGAGCACAGAUUAAAAUCCCUCCCAGCUAUGACCAACAAAGCAAGUGAUCUCAGUUCCCUAAAGCUUAAGGAAACUUUACCACAGCUUCUCGUGGACCUCCAGUCCUUCGAACUCCACUUUGAAUGGCUCACCCGGCCGACAUGGAAACACGUACACGCCGCCUCGUUCAACUUGUCCAAAUUAAGAGAGUUGACUUCACAUAUCAAGACAUUUCGUGCCUUCCUCCAACGUCAGGUGUUGAAGGUGGACGCACAGUGGCUGCCGUCCCCCACGCCUUCCCUCCCACCCCUCUCCGGUGCCUGGGACAUGGUGCAGUCCUCCCUGGAGGUGCUUCAGCAGUUCCGUCUCUUCUGUGAUUGGGCGUCUCGAGCCCUCCUGACUCUCAAGUCCAAGAACUGAUGGCAGUGCCAUGAUGGUCCACUACAUCUCCAGACUUCCAUGCAUGCAUCGACCAAUGUCAUUUCAUUAGAUACUAUGGGAGUCCAAGUGGAGGGUCCUUAGAACUUCUGUCCUCUUUCUUUUCCUUUUUUUUUUACCCAUUUGGUUCAUGGUUAUUUGUUAUUUAUUUAUGUAUUUAUUUAUUUAUGUUAGUUAUUUAUUUGAUGCUAUUAUUUAUUUUGUUUUGUUUUUUUUAUAGCAUUAUUAUUUACACUUACUUAUUUUUAGAGUUGUGAAUUGAGGUCUUGAUGCCCUCCUGUUCCUUGUCCCUCCACACUAUAACUGUCAAAAUAAGGGGAGGAUGAGACACAAGUAGCACUUCUUCAAUUCAGAGCCUCUUAUGAAACUGAUUGUAUUUUAAACAAUUUUCUUUUGUAAGUCAUGCAACAUGACUUAAAUGGUAUUUCAUUAAAAAAAGGUGGCUGAGUUUACAACCUCCUGCCACUAGAUGUAGCAGUAAGAUAGGGGAAUGAAAUCUUUGUACUGUGCUGUAUUUAGUGUAAAUAUGAAGUCCCUCAACGUCUGAGCCUGGAUCAGUUUAAAAAUUUUGCACAAAGUUUUGUUUUCGGGCAUGGAUUAGGGCUCAGUUAGCUGAUCUUGAAUCAGUGUUGGGGGGGUUCUAGUUUAUUGGAGCAUUUAUAAGUACACUGUACAGGAUUGUGAUAAUAUAUUACUUUACAGCAGUACAUACCUGCACCAGAAUGUACUUAGCAUAUAAUUGUAUAAAGUGCGAUUAUGUAUUAUAGUUCCCCAACAUAAAGAGGAACAGUCAGCAUUCAGUGAAAUCAUUGCCAUCACGUCACUUCACUUUAGCGACAUAUUUUCCAGCAUUUAGUAUUUUUAUACAGUAUUUACUAUUUAUUAUUUAAACGUUAAUUUUUGAUAAUUUAUUGAAAUUGCACAGAAGCAAGCCUUCUGUAAUUUUGUACUUUUAUACUAUUGUCAUUUGGACAUUUCUGUUGUUAUCACUGUUAAUACUGAAAAAAAAAAAUUGUGCUUACAACCAAAACUGAAUGUUCACAUGCAGGGCCUGCAUUAUGCAGGCACCGGAGGACAGAAAUGUGAAAUGUGUAUUUUGAACAUGGUAAGAAAUAAUAAAGUGUCCUGAUACAACUGAACAAAUAAACUAAAUUUAUAUAUACAUAAAAAACUGAUGUUUUCCCUCUCCUCCAAUCCCAAAUUUCCAUAUCCUUCUAACAAAUGUCCAAGAAGGACCCUAUUCUAAUAUAUAAUUCUCUAAGAUGUGCAGUUUGGUCAGGACCUGCAAUGAGGAGGACCCUGUUACGUUCCCUUGCUUUGUGGAGUCUCUGCGUACAUGACUCAGUCCUGCAGGUGGAGCUAAUUAAGGGCUAGAUUGCCUAAUUGAUGGCGUGCCCCUGUGUCCACCUGACAGCCCAAGAAGAUAAAUCCUGAAGACAGUGGAGUUCGAGACUCGUUUUUUAAAAAAAUAUUUAUUUGCCGCUACCAUGUUUCCCUGUAUGUUUUGUUUUCAGUUUGUUUUGUGUUUUUCUGCUGUAGGUUACUGGUGCUCUGACAGUUUCUUUUCUUUGUUGUUUUUAACACAUUUUUUGAUGGUUAGGUCAGAGUCGGAACAGUCGUCCCUUUUGCUUUGUCUCGGUAUCGAGGUUUAGCAUUGUGUUUUGUUCUGGAUAAGAAGUAUCCAAGCCAAGUUCUGACCUUUCCUUCUGCCUGUUAACCUACGUGUGGUAAUGUUUUUUUAUGUUCGUAAUAAACUUUAUCCUUUUGUUAUUGUUAUGUA